AUGGACACUAGUAAUGCAUGCACCUCACAGACCAUCCGCCCAUGGGCCAUCAGGGCCAUCAGGGCCAUCACCAAGUCGGAUCCCUCGCCCAGCAAGGUGCUGACCGAACCUUCAGAUGCUGUGAUGCCUGCCAGAACGGCUGGGGUCGGGAGGUCCACGUUCACAUGGGAUGACGAUUGGGAGCCGCUAAGGCAGUACCGGGACGACACCCCACUCGAUGCCGGCCGCCUCGCCCAAUCGGAGGUAUCCAGACGGUACCCACCAAUGACUACCCUCCACAUUCUCCAACCACCGUUCGGCCUUUCGACCCCUCCAUCUCUUCUAAACCGCCGUUUUCACCUUGCCCGAGCCACCCCCGAACCUCUCUCGGUGGUGGUUGGUUGUCGGAUUUUUAUUGAUUCAGCAAAGAGAAUCGGGACAGAGGGGAGACGAAUUGAAAAAAAACUUUCCUCAUGCUUGCUCUCCCUUGCAACAGCUGCAUAUGCUCAUCCGGCCCAUUCUCGCGACCCGGUGACCGCGGCCCGCCCUGCAAACAGGGUCAUCUCUGGUGCUCGCCAAAUAGCUUCCGCAGCAUAUCAACAUCACGAGACGAGACGCCCGGACCAGUUGCCUCGACGUCAUCUAGCCAUUGUGACUGUGGCCGUGUUCGACCGCCUAAUAUAG